CUCACAGUCACCACCGUGGCCCUCCUGCGCUGACAUUCUGAGCCAGCUAGCUCCAGGAUCCCAGGAUGCACAGGGAAAUCCUCAUCGUGAUCCUUUUGUCAAGCUGUGUGCUUUCUACCCUAGCUGAUGGGACCACAGCCAGUCCCUCUAAGCUGCCUACUAAAGCCAGCGUGACUCACACAAAAGAAAAACUUGUCACCUCACAGGGAGCAAAAGGGAGCCAUCCCGUAGACCCAACGUACUCCGGGGCUCCAGGACAGCCACCAGUGACCACUCCUCCUAAAAAGAAAGGUGCUGUUCCUUAUGACCAAGACACCCCGGGAGAAGAAAAACAACAAAUGGUCCAUGCUUUCUCCAUGCCAGUGAUAACGGUCAUUGUCUUUGCGGUGAUGGCUGGCAUCAUUGGAAUCAUCCUCCUAAUUGCUUUUGCUGUGCGCCGGCUAUGGAAGAAGAGAAAUUAACAAAGACCUGCUCCUCAAGCUAAAUUUUGGAAGAACUCAAAAACACAGUACUUUGGUCAAGUGCAACAUCAACAUUUAAACUGGACAACACCACCACACGUAAACCUUCCCAAGUUGUACAUCUUCUGGAUGAAAGCUUCAUUGUAAUGAGUUCAGUGUCUCAGUGGUCGGAAAUAUCUCCACUCGUGACUAUUUCAAAAUGAAGAACGAAUAUUCCCUUUCAUGCUUGCUUUUGCCUAAUCUUAGUGCUAUUUUUUUUUAGAAUUAAUGGAUUUAGAAUUAUGAUCUAAAUCUUGUAAACUGCAUCUGCUUUAAGUCAAGCUUAGUGUAUCAUGUUGAAUUUUUAAUGAUUAUGCUGUCAAAUAAGAAGCUUAUAAUAUCUACAUGACACAUAAGUUCUCUUUCUAAACUUAUGACUCUGUUUUUCUUGUUUUCAGUAAUUCACAGGAAUAUAUAUAGUGUAUUAUCCCCUCCAUUGCUGAACUGGCAAGACAUGAUACUACACUAAUGAUGACGAUAUCUCCGUCACACUAUUAAAGCUUGUGUUUGAAUAUGCUUUGCAUACCUAUCAGUAGUUAUAAAUAUAUGCCUUGAGAGUACACUCACACUCAUCUGUUGCAAAUAAAUCAACACAAAGGAUUUUUUUUUCACUUAAAUAAAAAGUUGAAAAAAAUCUUAAGAUGUGAUACAGGUAUAAAUGACCUAUUUGAGAUCACUGGUCUGCCCAGAGAACAUUAACUCCGUUAGGGCACCAGGACCCACUGUAAGAAUUGUUUAUCUAAGGGGCCCCUGUAUCCUAAGAAACAGCAGAAUUGAUGAGUUUUCUUCGCAAAGAAACCUUUCCUGCAAGUGCUGCAAGUUAUGCAAACUUGACACACAGGGAAGUAUUUCAGCAAAUCCCUGUAGGUUCUGUUCAUAAAAACCAAAUGUACAUUAUAGAUUAACCACAUUCUUAAUGAAGAAUUAAAUCAAAUUCUUUAAUUCCUCCAGUCCUAGUUUCUCUUGUUAUUAAACCCUUGGAAAUUGGUUCAUAAUCUAAAAGAAACUUCUAGAUAUGUCACUAAGUAUUUGUGACUAUACACUAGUCACUCAUUUGCAGUGAGACUUGAAAAACAAUAUAAGAGCAAAGAUGUGCUUUAUUGUGACAGUCUCUUUCCAAAUUAAUAAAACCAUGAAUUUCUUCCCA